UCCGAAGCUGAUUUUGUUGUCAGUCUUCUUCAGAGCCUCAAUGGACUCAUCGCAAAUGGCCACUAGUAUUGGCUUGUUUGCUUUGUUCGGUUUUUCCUCCUUGAUAAGCUGCCACUCAUCUACACCAGGUAUAGAUUUCUUCUGCAGCUUAAUGCACCUCAGGAGUUUUUCGCCUGGCUCCUCUAGUGGGGGUAGCCAAAUGCGGGCCCGAGGUCUCUUCGGAAUAGUAGUAAAAUGCUUUUCUUUUUUUAUCGAGUAUUCUCAAAAUAAGUCUGGACAAGCCGGAAUAACGUCUUCUGACAUAAGUAUUAUUUUUAGCUUAACCCUAGACAGCUAACCUUCGUCGAUUCGACGUGUACAAGAAAGAAUAUUCGUUGCCUGUCUUGCCCGCGAGGUUUGAUCAUCCCAACGUUGCUUGUCAUCUCAGUGUUCGCUGAGCUUUUCUGAGAGGCACACGUGUUUGGAGGUUUUAAUCAUGUCUUCAAGGCGAUUGCUGUGUGAGGAAAGUAUAAUGCGUUCGUUAAUGGACGAGGACGAUGACGGGGCAUUGGAAGAAUUAUCCGAUAGCGAAACUGAAGACACUGUAUUGGUGGAUAAUGUUGAAAGUGAUAAUCAGUCAGAAGAGUCAUCAUUACUUUCGGGCGAUUAAGACGUUCAUGAGGGAGUUUCUGGUGCUUUGAUGGAUGAUGUGCCGGAACUUGCAACACCUUCUGCUUCAAACGAAGUAAGCUCAGGUAACGAUGCUAGUAUCUUGGCAUUCUCAAGCAGCACUAUCCGCAGUCUGUCCCGUCAUGUUUGGGCUACGCGCAAAGGGCGAACUUCGAAUAGAACAGCAGCAAUAAAUAUAGUACCGGGCCAACUCGCGCAGUAAAGGAUAUUGUCGACCCGCUAAUGUUAUUUGAACAAUUCAUAACAAAUCAGAUAGUAGACGAUAUUUUAAAAUGGACAAGAGAUUGAGAUGAAAAGACAGAACUAUGAGUCAAUAUCAUUUACGCGAAAAAACACUAGCAAAGAGGAGAUCAGAGCCCUGUUGGGAAUUAUGGUGUUAACUGCAGCAUUGAAAGACAACCAUCUGACCCUUGAUGAAUUGUUCAAUUCAGAGUAUUGUGGUACAAGAUAUGUAUCUUGAAUGAGCAAAGACAGGUACCAAUUCCUUCUUCUAUGUCUACGUUUUGAUGAUAGAGCAGUUCGCUUACAACGGCAAAAAACGAUCCUUUUACCCCCAUAAGAGAUAUAUGGGAAAUUCUUAUUGUCCAGUGCCGCCAAAACUACGUUCCCGGAACAAAUGUUACUGUUGAUGAUCAGCUACUGGCUUUCCGCGGCAGGUGGAAGUUCAGAAUGUAUAUACCAAAUAAACCCGCCAAGUAUGGGGUCAAGUUAGAAAUGAUGUGUGAUAGUGGCACAAGGUAUAUGGUCGACUGUAUACCAUAUCUCGGAAAAGGAACCAAUACAGGAGGGAUGCUGACAAUUGUCGGAACAUUACGUUCUAAUAAAAGGGAAAUUCCAGAAGAAAUGAAGAACAAGAAAAGGAGUAAGAGGAAUAAUCAAACCACCGAAGUCAAUACAUCCAGAAAGGUGAAUACAUCGAUGUUCGUGUAUGAUGAACCCCUUACACUUCUUUCCUUCAAACCUAAACCAUCAAAAAUGAUUUACAUGCUUUCCUCUUGUGAUGAGGAAGCCUCAGUUAAUCCAGAUAUUAAAAAACCACGCAUGAUAGAGUUCUACAAUUCUACAAAAGGUGACGUUGACACAUUUGAUCAAAAGUUUGUAAUGUCAUGCAGUAGAAAAACCAAUCGAUGGCCAAUGUGCGUUUUCUAUGGAAUGAUGAAUAUAGCAUGCAUCAACAGCUACAUACUUUAUUGCCACAAUGUCUCGGUACAGGGUGAAAAAAUACUGCCUAGGCGUAAUUUUAUGAAGAAGCUGCAUUCGCAACUUGUAGAACCUUGGCUGAAAAUCCGACAGGAAAUUCGUACCAUGCCGACCCACACCAAAAACAAAAUAACAGAGAUAUUAUUAUUGCCCAAUAAUGAUGAAAAUCAAGGUCAAAGCCAACCAUCAGCCACCAAUGACCUUCAAUCAGCAGAGGCACCAACUAGUAAUAAAAGGAAAGCUUGCGGUCUAUGUUCUUAUAAAAAAGGCGCAUGACAAAGUCGGUAUGCGCAAAAUGUAACACUGCAAUUUGUGGUGAACAUAAAGUUGAUUUUUGCAUAAAAUGCUCUUUAAAAAAUUAGUUUUUAUAUCUUACUCAAAAUAUUUAUAGUGUUUUUAUUAAAGUACGCCAAAGAAGAAAUGGCUGUUAUGUGUUUCUCUAUUUUAAGUUUUUUUAUAAAUAUGUUGUCUUCUCGGAUCUUAUUAAAACUAGUGCCUUAAUUAAAAAUGUGUUCAACAAAUACAAUUUGAAAUAGAAUAUAAAACGAAUGUUUUAUUUUGUACAAUAGUUCCUGAAAUACAUAUUUUUGCAAUUAAAAUAAUUGAAGAUUGUUUAAAUGCAUGAAAUAAAGACACUCUAACAAUUCUCGUCGAAUCGACGAAUGGUUAGGGUUUAUAGGGGGCUACUGAAGGUUAGCUGUCUAGGGUUAAUAAACACGUUCUUUUGAUCUCGGUCGAACUACAUUUCUAUUUUAUUUGUUUGGGAGGCGGACACCUUACCAUAUUCGCCUCUAAGGAUAUUGGUUUGAGGUUUUGCAAUUUUAGCGUAGUUGCGAACAAAACACUGUUAUAGAAGUGCACUCACCUUUUAUAUAAUUUUUUCCCACUUUGCCAAAUAUUAAAAACGCACUCAAAUAUAGCAAAAAACGGUUGGUCUCGCUUUUAUUCACACCAUUCUUUAUGGCCUUAUAUAAGCACUGUGUAUUAAAAAGAAAAACGCGUUCUUGAUUAUAAUUCACUAUAUAAUAACGCGGUUGAUUUCGCAAAAGGAAUGGCGGCGGACAGAGGUGACCGAUCGCUGCUAAUGUCGUAGAACGAACUAAUCGGAAUCUGGUCGGUCCUUCUUUAUCCCCGUUGGUGCUGAAUAGGAUGAUGCAUAUGUGUGUAAGUAUGAAUGUUGGUGUGUGUCGUUCUCGUGUAGAAUGUGGGUUAUAAGUGUGGUGUGGUGUGGUGAAGAUUGCGUUUUAGUGAUGUAAAUUUGAAUCGAUGUGGUGUGGUGUGGUGAAGGUUGCGUGUUAGUGAUGCAAGUGUGAAUCGAUGUGGUGUGUGUGUUGAGGUCGGGGGAGGAUGCUCAUUUGUACAUCCUGGCCCCCCUAGGCCUGAGUCCUCCGUAGGGUAUGCCGGCCUGCGUGGUUGCGAUCGCUUGGGUCUUCUGAUGGCAUUACUGCUGCGCGGAGCAUCAUGACGCCCGCCAUCGAGUACGCCAGUGCGGUGUAGUAGAGUAUGGUGGUGACGCAUGCAUACUUGGCACUGGUAGCCCGUUGUGCACUCUUGCGUAAGAUGGGUGAGCGCCAGGGAUGGUAAACUCGAUUCCGAUUCUACUCGAAAAUCGAGUUUUCUCGUAAAAUAAUCGAUUUUUAAAAAUCGCCAAUUGAUACCUUGGGGAACGUAUGUUUGGACAAUGUCCGGUGAGACUUGUUUUGUGAAGUCCACAAACUGUUUUUCGGUAGCUCUUUGAGCUCCGAUAAAAGUUUUACCAUUAUCGCUCAUGAUUUUUGGUGGAAAGCCUCGUCGUCCGACGAAACGAGCAAAAGCCGCCAGAAAAGCCUCCGUCGUUAGAUUCGUACAUAGCUCAAGGUGUACUGCUUUUGUCGUGAAACAAACAAAAACAGCCAUAUAGCCUUUCAUGAGGGUAGGAGACCUUAGCAUGGGUGCCUUUAUCAUAAAAGGCCCCGCAGAAUAAACACCUAUUAUGGUGAAAGGCAGAGCAAAAUUGCAGAGUUCAGGUGAAAGUGCUGCCAUAAUCUGCCUUCUCAUUUUCUGCUUGUGCAUAGUGCAGACCGUGCACGUGAAAAUGCACUUCUUGAUUUGGGGCUUAAGACGGGGAACUUAGUACUCUUGGCGUACCAUAUGUUGCAUGAGGCGAUGUUCGGCGUGUAACAUGAGUAUGUGAAUAUAAUUGAUGAAUAAGGUGGCAAAUGAGGAUUUUUUUGGUAUUAUUAUGGGAUGGCGUUCCUUAUACGUAAGGCUGGUCGCGGCUGAAGUAGCGCGUUUGGGUUGAUGCAAUGAGAGCGACCUUUGCUUUUUGUAAGUCUUGGUGCGUCAAUUUAUCGCAAUGGAGAUAAGUUGCUCCUUUAAAUUUAAGUUUAAGCCGCUCUAAAAGCUUGAGCAUAUAGGCAACUACCCGGAGGGCUCGGGGGAACGAUGAAAAUCAUUCAAGUAUGUCAGUGUCAUCCAGUGUUGCAUGAUAAGUGUCGAUUUUACGACUUUCUGGGGCAAGUAUGUUGCGCAUGGGCGAUUGUGGCCAAGAAUCGGGAGAUCCUGUUAACCAUCGGGGGCCAUUCCACCAGAGGGUGAAGGUGGCGAGAUGCAGAGGUUUGCAUCCUCUUGUACCUAGAUCAGCAUGAUUGUCAGUACUGGCUACGUGACGCCAAGUGGCUGAUCCUACUAGGUCAAGUAUUUCAGAUGUUCGGCUAGAAAUAUAAGUUUUCCACGCAUGUGGUGGUUUUUCUAACCAGGCUAGAACUAUCUUGGAAUCGGACCAUAAAUAUAAUCUGUAUUUCGCCAUAUUUAAGUGGGUCUGCACCAUUGAAGCUAGCUUUGCUAGUAGCAGAGAUUAGGAUGUCUAUUUGAGCUGGCGUGUUGCAGUUGGGAUCUGCUAGAGUCAGGUGUGAAAUUUUAUCCCAAUGCUUGCUAUUUAUUUGAUAGCUUGGAAGCAUGUUUGUUAGUUGCAGUAAGACAAUGCGCUUAUCCGCUUGGGGGAAAAUUAGGGUAAUGGGGCAGAUUUUACUUGAGUUUUGUACUACUCGUCCGCCCAUUCUCGUAAUUUCAUAGUUGGCAUGUUUUGUUGGCAGUUUUAGCCUAUUUUGUGUCCUAGACGCUAUGAAUGAUCGUUGCGAUCCUUGGUCUAUUAGGGCUCUUAGUUUGAACAGUUCUCCUCGAUGUUCGAUGGAGACAACUGCUGUGGGUAGUAGUACUCUACUAUGAUUUUCGCUGUGUAGCGUUUGAGUUUUUAAUGCCUUUGAACAACAUGGUGUCUCUUGGCAAUUUUCUUGAGUUUUUGUUUCGGGAGUUGCUGUUGCAACUAAACCCGUGGCUUUUUUUGAAAAAGUGCUGCUAUGAGAUGUGUUGGGAAAGUUAUUGAGAUGUAACAUAGAAUAAUGCCUUUUGUGGCAGUAUACGCAAUUGAAUUUUCUUUCGCAAGUUUUUAGAUUGAUUGAUUUUUUUUGACCUGACAAAGUUGUUCCUUUCAUUCACAUUCAAUUUUUCAAAUUUUUCGCAAGCUUUUAGCUUAUGCCCUCCUGUACUCGUACAUAGUUCGCAUGACGUGAAUUUAUUUUGUUCAGAAGUGAACGCUUGUGUUUUGAAAAAGCUUCUGUUUAAAUGAUUGUUGCUUCCGGCUUGGGGUCUAUUGAAGCUUCGAUUUAGGUGUUGCUGAACGUUUUUAGUUCUGACUACUUUUUUGUCUACAUCUGCUGCCACUUUGGGCAUUUUCUUCUUGAUGAGAGCGAUUGCUCCCACAAAAGUAAUGAUUUUUCUGGUAAUGCGGCGGUACAUAUGUUUACCAGAAUAGGAUCCCAAUUGUGAGUGGGAAUAUUUUGUGUCGAUAGAACCGACAAACAAUUUGACACAGUGGAUUCUAGUUUCAUGAAUUCUUCACUGGUUUCUCUUUGAAUUUUAGGCAAGUUCAUAAGUAUCGUUACUUGGUUGUCAACUAAUAUUCUCUCAUUUUCAUAUCUUUGUCUUAAUGCUUCCCAAGCUAAAUUAAAAUUAUCGUCAUUCAAUGCGAACUGCUUGACUAUUACACCUGCUUGACCUUUAGUUUUGUAUCGGAGGUGAUACAAUUUUUGCGCUUGUGAUAAUUUUGGAUGGUUUAUGUACACGGCUGUAAACAUGUCCCGGAAGGACAGCCAUUGUUCAUAACCUCCAUGAAAUAUUUCCGUACCACACGCUGGCACUUUGAGAUGAAUGCCUGAACUUGCCUCUUGGGCUUGCGAUUGUGGUAACUCUACUCUACUGUGGGGAGUAGGUGAAAUUGACUUAAUAAUUUUUAAUUGAUCUGAUAUCAUUGCUUUUGUGUCUUCAUAGCGGUCUAAGCAAUUUUCGUAUUUGGCGUGAGCCAAAGAUUAGAAACUUUCAGGUAGAUCUGAAUCAUCAGUUUCUACUAUUGCGUCGUAUGCAGCUUUGAGGCGUGUCCAAACAUUGUCAAUAGAUUUAUUUUUUAUUUCUAGUACCGAUUCAGAGUUGUCCUGAAUCGGUGAAGAUGCAAAUCGAGUGCAGUAUUUAAUCAAGCUGUCACUCUCAGAAAUGAAUUUAAUAUAAGAAAUGUCUUUCCCCGUUUUUGCUUUGUAGCACUUUGCUUCGAGGGCGUAGUUUCAGCAGGUGUACACGGACUUUUGUCAUCAGUAAUCAUUUUUGGAUUUCUUAAAAAUUCUGCUUUAGAUUCUUUUGAAUCAGUGCUCAUUCAGAAAAUUUUAAUUAAUAAAAUAUAUAUAUAUAACAACAAUAUAUAUAUAUUUUAUUAUAAUAGAGAUAUUACCGAAAACUGAAAUAUUUAUGUAUACCUGUAGGUACAAAGAUCUUUUAGCGAUGGUUCGAAACCACAAAAGAAAAACUAACCGAUGUAACUUAGAUGAGACGAAGAUGAAACUUGCAAUAAAAGAUGUCAUCUCAAAAAAAUAUAACACAAGUCAAGCUGCUGACUUUUAUGAUUUAAAACGAACUACUUUGCGAGAUCGUAUAAAAAAAAUGAAGAAAAGUAAAUUGGAGGCAUUAGAUGACUCCGGCCAGUCAUCUGAAGGUGAAUAUAUGUAUUCAUCGAAAUAUACCUCAAAUCAAGUUUUCACAAAACAUCAAGAAAAAGAGAUAUGCGAGUAUUUUAAAGCAUGCUCUAACCUACAGCACGGCUUCACCUAUACAAUGGCACGGAAGUUUGUAUUUGAAUAUGCCACAAUAAAUGAUAUUGCCAUUCCUUUAUCAUGGGUGGAUAAUCAAAAAGCUGGAAUUGACUGGAUUCAAGCGUUUAUGAAACGAAAUCAAGACUUGAGUUUGCGAAAACCGGAAAAUACAAGUCUUUAUCGACUGACUGCAUUUAAGAAAACCGCAGUAAUGGAGUUUUUCGAUAAUAUGCAGCAUUUGCUCAAAAAAAAUUCAUUUUCUCCGUGUGAUAUUUAUAAUUUAGACGAAACGGGUAUUACUACUGUGUUGCAAUCACCCAAGGUUAUUUCUACAAAAGGAAGACGAACAGUUUCUCAAGUGGCGUCUGCAGAAAGAGGAUCGCUUGUGACAAUGGUAGACAUUGUAAAUGCUUCUGGUAACGCUCUGCCACCUGUCUAUGUGUUCCCUCGUAUAAAGUAUAAAUAACAUUUCGUGAAUGGGGGUCCCAACGGUUGUCUGGGGAUAACAGAUAAGAGCGGAUGGAUGACAGCUCAAGGCUUUAUAGAAGUCCUAAAGCACAUCAAAAAUAACACUCGGUGUUCCAAGGAGAAACCAAUAAUCCUUUUCCUAGACAAUCACGUCUCCCACUGCAGUCUAACAGCAAUCAUAUUUUGCAGAGAAAAUGGUAUUCAUAUGAUUACUUUUCCGCCACAUACGUCACAUAAGCUCCGUUUAAAAAGUACUUAGCGACUUCGUUCAAUGAUUUCCUUGUUUCCAACCCUGGUAGAAUAAUUACAAUUUACGAUGUACCAUCGCUAACUAAUAUCCCAUUUCGGUAGGCAUUUGCUGCUGAAAACAUUUGCAAAGGAUUUGAAAUGACAGGUAUCAGCCCAUUUAACAGACAAAUAUUUCCUGAAACAGACUUCAUAAACCAACCAAAUGAAGAACAUCCAACCGCUGACAAUGAUAAUGAACCUAUACUUCAACAAGAUGCGAUUUCAAAUGAACCUGAUGUCCUGUUUGAGCCUCCAGUGACACCACCACCUCUUCCUAAAACUCCGGAGCAAGUUCGUCCACUCCCUAGAAUUCAACAAUCUAAAUCUAACAAAAGAAAGGGAAAAUCCACAAUCUUGACAUCUACUCCAUUAAAAGAAGAAAAGGAACGAACACAGCAGCAAAAGAAAAAACAAACAAAGAAACCAUUGGUACGAAAAGGAGUUCCGAAAAAACGUAAAACCUACGUCGACACAUUAUCUGAUUUAGCAGAUGCCUUAAGCUUCGCUGAAUCCGACAGAUCUGUUGGUUCGUUUGUAGAACCAGAGAGCCUUGGUGAGACCAAAUUCGUACUUGUUAGAUUUGGUGGGCAGGUAGAUAAGUUCUAUGUUGGCAAGAUAUUGUCUGAAUGUCCGAAUUCGGUAACUGUUGAUUUUUUAAGAAAAAAGCCAGGUUCAUGGACAUUUUAUGAACCAUGUGUUAACGACAUGUCCUAUAUUCCAAAAGAUGACAUUGCCCUUAAGUUGCCGAACCCAAGCGAUCCCGCAGGAACGUCCCGAUCAGCUGCAACAUACAUAUUUGAUGUAGAUAUGUCGCAGUACAAUGUAAUGUAAAACUCGUCACUAUAUCGCAUUUAUUUUCAUGAAUUAGUUCUUACCGGUAUACUAUAUAAAUACUAACAUAGUUUGUAGGUAUUUCGAAUUGUCAUUUGUACCUUUAAUGAAUAACUCAGGUACCUGCCUUUAGUUGUUUUUACAAUGAACUGCCUUGUUGAUCUCUACCAAUAUAAUAUUACACUUUUUUUGUUACUUUUACAUGAAUUAAUAAAAUUUAAGUUCAUUUUAUGCUAAACAUUGUUUAAUAAAUAAAAAAAAAAUAGUUGUGCCACAAAUUAAAAUUGCAUUUUCCCUUUGACGAUUUCGCCCCAUCCCACUGGCGAAUUUACCCCAUGGAUGGGGCAGCUUCACCCUUUUGGGCAUCUUGGGAAAUUCGUAAAAUUUGUAUAUAAAUAUGCGAGGUAAUCAGAAUAAAACGGGUAAAAUUUAAAGCCAACAAAUGUAAGCUCUUAUACAAAAAAAAAGUUUUGAAAAACCAUUAACAGUUUUUUUAUGAGAGCACCUCAAAAAAAAAGAGGCGAAUGCUCCCCCUUCUACCAUACAUGACAUAUUUUACCGAUUUCUUCGCGAAGAAUAUCAUCGAUCGCUCGUUGAAAAAUGCUUAGAGCAUUUUUCAAACCAAAUGGCAAGCGACAAAAUUCGUACUUCCCAUUGUUUAUAUUGAACGCCGUUUUCGGUCUAUCCCUUUCACGUAAAUUAAUUUGGUGAAAUCCUGAUUUUAAAUCUAGAGUAGUAAAAUACUUGGACUUUCCUAAGUUAGACAAAAUAACGGAAGUGUCAGGUAUGGGAUUUCGAUCAGAGGUAGUAUUUUCGUUGAUUUUUCUAAAAUCGAUCACCAGCGUAACUUUUGCUUGCCAUUUUCAUCAAGGCCUUUUUUGGUUACUACAUGGACAGGGGAAUUAUAAGGUGAUGACGACUUACGUAUUAUACCGUCCUUUAGGAGUGACUUAAUUUCUGAAUUUAUGAACUCUGUUGCUGAUAUUGGAUACGGGUAACUUUUGCUAAAAAUUGGGUCAUCCGUGGUAGUACUUAUUGUAGCCUCCACGUUCGUGUUGUAUGGAAGGGCACGGUCUGGAUGUGCAAACGCAUUCGUAUUAUUAUUAAUCAAUUGGUGGAAUUCAGAUCGAAUAUUAUCAGGAACAGAAUCUUCGUUAAUUGUAAUCAAGUUAAUUUGAUUGCAGCAAAGACACUGAAGUUUUACGUAACUAUUCUGAUAAUGCAGAUAUCCAGCAUCGAUGUCAAUUUUCGCCCCAAUUUCUUUAAGGAAGUCGUAACCGAUUAUACCAUCAAACGUUUUAAGAUUAUUAAGUAAGUAAAAGGUUGAGGUGUGGUUAAGGACAUUGAUCAGGCAUUUUCUGUUUAUGAAAUUAAUCCCGUUUAGUGAUUUCAAUGUAAAAGGAGUAUCCAUUUGUUUAAUUCCGUUAAGAAAUGGAAGAUUUUUUAUAAAAUUUUUCGAGGUACCCGUAUCAAUUAAUAGUUUAAGCUCCUGACCAUCUGCUGUUGUUUUAGUGAUAAAUGGUAGGAGCGACUUCAGUUUAAAAAGUUAAUCUCUGAAUUAACUUUACAAUCGCUUAUAUGGUUGGACCCAUCGCGGUAGUUGCUGUCGGUGUAAAAAUGAGAAGCAUAAUAAUCGUAACAAUGUUCAUCGUUUUCAGAUUCGUCAGAAACUGUGCCAAUUUGUACUGCCAUAAAAUUUACUCGUUGAGUCUUCGGGUAAGGUUUUUGAAAAGAACUAGAUUGCUCACAAGGACGUUUAAAUACUAUGGCUUGAUUGGGUUGUUGAGAGACGAUUGCGUUAUUUUAAUUAGGAUUACGAUUUCGAUACAUAGACGUGCCAGCAUCGACAUCCAUUGGGACUGAUCUAUUAUUAUAAUUAAUUGAACGAUUUUGUUGGUUUUCUUGCGGAAAAUUAUACUGUGGCAUAGUUGUUCUUGCCUUAUUUGGCUUUAAUGAAUUACCCAUCGCAAAUGUUUGCGCGAAAUCAUAGCGUUUGUGGUUCAUCUCAAGCUCCUGCGCUACGGCCAAUGCUGUAGGCAAAUCCUUUGGUGAUGAGGAGAAAAGGAUAUCGCAUAGCGGAUGGCGAAGGUCCGAUUUAAAAACACGAAGGGCAUUUUCUGUUGCACGCUCAUUAAGAGCUUUUAUAACUUCAGUAUUACCGCUGUUCGCCAUUAUUUGCUUAUUUAUGAUAAGCGUCAAGUGUUUGUCCACUGCGUCGUAAUAGCCUGUUAUUAUCAGGUUUCCUUGCCUUAGAAUGCUUAAUUCCGAUUCUAGAACAUGAACGGGUCUCUUGUCUGCGUAUGUUUGGUCUAACCUAGCAAUUAUUGCUUUAAAAUUAAGUACGGUAUUGAAAGAUGAUAACGUCGAGUUCGCUGCACCUGUAAUUUUAUUUCUAAAAAUACCCAUUGCAACGUAAUACCUUCGGGAUAGUAAUUAAUAGCGAAGUUGGCCGCAGAGCGCCAAGCAGGAUAAGAUGAGGCAUCGCCACUAAAUUCCGGUAAAGAUUUUAUUAAGUCGAGACUAGAAUUUUUAGAGUCUAUUAAAGGGUUAACAGAGACCGGUUCGUAGGGCUCAACAUGUGGUAGUUGAAGACGAUUUAAAGCUAAGGUAAGUUCGCUAAUUUGUGCCGAUAGUUCCCGUUUGGUGCGUUCGGUUGCACCUACUACGAUUUCUAAAACCUGUUCUCGUGUGACCUCCAUUUUGAAUUUUGAUACAAAGAGAAAUUACCGCUAUAUAACAUUAAACAAAUGAACAAUAGAAAAUGCUAUAAAUUUAUUAACUAAAAGUUUUAAUCCUCUUAUAUUCUCAAAGCUGCAGAUAAAUUUAUAAGUAUAUCCCGCUUACUUGGAAUAACUUAGAUAUGUUGAGAAAAUUUUGACUUGAGUUUGCCUUUCUUAGUGCGUGUUAAAUACGCUAUUUGGAAUAAAAUCCUACUACGCUUUCACAGCUCGCAAAACGGGUUUUUGAAAUCUAUAUUUCAAUUUUUCUCUUCUCAUAUAGAGUUCGCAAUCUUGCAGUUUUUAACGAUGGAAAAAAUUAUGGAACCAACUUAUAUUACGAAAAUUUCAAUUAAUCAAUUAACUUUUCAACACGUGUAUGUUACGUAACUCACUAUGAUCCAACAACACUUAAAAAAGGCACUGACAUACAUACAUACAGUUUUAAUUUAUUUGACGUCAAUAUAAAAUUUUAUAUUUUUUUUUAAUUUUUUUUUAAUUUUUCACUAUUGAACAAUUAUCAAUUUCGAUCAUUACUUACAUGAUUUCAACAAAUUUCUAAUUCUGGUUUGCCAAGCUUAAAAUGAAGAGUAAAAACUCGAAUGUAGAAUUCCCACGAUGCAAAUAAAAGUGUCCAGCCACGUGAAGAUGAAAAAAGUUCCACAACGCCGCAACUUUCCGACUUCGUUUGGAAUUUAUAUUGGUUUUUGUGUAACCUGCCGCUUGGUUCGUCCUUCCUUAUAGGAAAAAUACUUGUAGAAUUGAUCAAAUCGACCGUUCAAAACAAGUUGCGAAUAGAAUUUUCUCGACAGGCCCCACGUUGGGCGCCACUUAAAAUAAUUCAAUAAAACUCAACUUUCGUUGUCCACGUUAAUCUUUAUUCUGCCUCUUUACAAAAGUUCUUCGCUCAACCAAACCAAGCUCGAAGAAGUUUCACCAACGCUUUCCGCUAGACAAUGCAACAAUCGUUAUUCGUCUCAUGUAUUUGUUGUAAUCUGAGAGUGCUGUUGUCACGACUUAAAUCAAGCGUGAGAGCAAGUUGCUUAGUGCGCAUGUCCAAUGACGAAAUCACUCAAACUUAGUUCAACUAAUACAAAAAGAGUGUUGUGUAAUGAAGUUGAGCUUAAACAAAAAGUACGAUCAAAUAAGUGUUCACAGGAUAGCGAGUUUGUGCAAGCAUUCUUAACUUAUAUAAGCUGUAAUACAAAUAUAGUUUACAAUAAAAAUAACUUAUCGUAUCAUUGCUACAACUUUGGAAAUAUGCCGUGGCACCUGCAGGUGACACUGGGCAAUAUAAUAACUUUACUGUUUGAAUUCAUAAGUAAUGAGAAGAGUAUUGUUUAUAAUAGGGCUUGUUGCUAUGCGGUGAUGUUGCUUUAUAGCUUGUUUACGUAUUACAGGUUGACGUUAGAUGAAAUUGCCGACGAGUUGGAGGCCGGGGAUGACCCAGGCGAUAUUAUUUUAUUUCCUCCUGAUGAUGGUGUGGUAACGGACGAAGACAGUGGGGAUGAAAAUGAAGCUAAUAUUCUUCUAUAUUUCUAGUCGCAUGCUUCGAUCUCAAGUAGAAAUACAAAAGAGACCUUCCAUCUCUGGAGACAAUUGUUUAGAUAAUCUGGAAGAAGAAGGGGAAGAAGUGGAAGUACCCGCACCGAAAAAAAAGAAAAAAGAAAAUACUAUAAAGAAAUGGUACAGCAAUGUCAGCAAAACGUCUUUUAUUACUUGCGGUAAAGGAGACUGUGAUGAAGAAAUUUUCUUGAACUCUCAGAAGGAGAUGUCUACCGUCGAAUGUUUUGAAUUGCUCUAUAGCGACGACAUAGUAAAGUUCAUAACUGAUAUGACCAAUUUGUAUGCUUUGCAGAGAAAUCACACUCUAAAUGUGACUAGUGAUGAAAUUAGAGUUUACAUUGCAAUACUGCUACUUACGGGAUAUUUGACGCCAAAGUACAUGCGAAUGUUCUGGGAAGUAAAAAGUGACACGCACAAUGAAGUAUGGGCAUCUAGUAUAAGGCAAAAUAGAUUUUUUGAAAUUCAGCAGUACCUUCAUCUUUCAGAUAGUACAUCCUUGCCACCCAACGACAAAUUCGCUAAAGUUCGACAAUAUUUCACGAAACUAAACGUAAAUUUUAUUGCCAAUUUCGAAAAAGCUGGUUUUUCACACAUUUCCAUAAACGAAACUAUAGUACCAUACUUUGGAAGGCACGGUACCAAGCAACACAUACACGGAAAACCAAUAAGAUUUGGUUACAAGCUCUGGUCAGCAGCUACACGACAUGGAUAUUUGGUCAAUUGUGAGCCUUAUCAGGGCGCGUCCGGCCCUGGCUUGAAAAUGCAGUCUGAGUUAGGCCUAGGAGCUGCUGUUAUUUUAGAGCUCUAUUCAAGAUUACCAAUUGAGUUAGGACCUUACAACUAAUAUUUUGAUAAUUUUUUUACUGGAUUACCGUUGCUUAAGUAUUUGCGAGAGCACAAUGUUGGGGGCACAGGUACUUGACGGGAAAAUCGACUGGAGAAUUGCAAUUUGCCAAACUCAAAGGAUAUGAAAAAAGAGCCAAGAGGUAAGCUAUGUCAUAAAGCUUCGGAGGAGGUUAUUGCAGCUAAAUGGCAUGAUAAUAGUAUCGCCACCAUGGCAUCCAACUGCCAUGGAUUAGAUCCCAUCACAAAAGUGAAUCGAAUUGGAGUUGUGGACAAAAAGCGGGCUAAAAUUCAAGUUGAUUGCCCAGCCAUUAUCAAUAUGUACAAUAAGUACAUGGGUGGAGUAGACCAUUUUGACGAAAACGUUCACUCCAUGAGAGUAGCUCUUCGCGGCAAAAAGUGGUGGUUUCCGCUCUUUGAUGAAAGUUGCCAAAAUGAAUGGCUAAUCAAAAGAAAUUCAGAUAACAACUGGACCUACUGCGAUUUCCGUCGAAAUGUGGCAACUAUCUACCUGCAAAAAUAUGGCAAAUCUCCCACCCGCAAUUCUGUUUGUGGUGUUCCUGUGCAGAUGAGAGUGCCUAUCGAGGUGAGGAGUGCAGGAAGUGCGGAUGAUCACUCGCAAAUCGACUGUUCUCAACGAAGAUGCGGAUUUUGUCACCAACGCACUAGAAAAAUGUGUGCCAAGUGUAAUAUUGGUUUGCAUGUAAAAUGCUGGUACAACUUUCAUAAUAAAUAAGUAUUGAUUUUUUUGUAAUAAGUACAUACAUAAAUAAAGAUUAUCUAUCAUAAUAAAACUGAAGCCUUAUUCCUACCGAAAGAAAAAACGCCUGCCUUUUGGAGUUUUCAUUGCCCAAUGCUCAGUGUCACCUGUAGGUGACACCCCCAUAAAAAAACAAGAAAAAACGUUAACUUCGGUUGCACCGAAGCUAAAUACCCUUCACAGGUGCAUUUCUGUUAGUAACUAUCUGUUCAGUUUGUAUGGCAGCUAUAUGCUAUAGUAGGCUUAUCUGAACAAUUUCUUCGGAGAUUACAUUGCUGCCUUAGAAAAUAAUCUAUACCAAAUUUCGUGAAUAUAUCUUGUCAAAUGUGAAAGUUUUCCAUACAAGAACUUGAUUCCGAUCGUUCAGUUUGUAUGGCAGCUAUAUGCUAUAGUAAACCGAUCUAAACAAUUUCUUCGGCGAUUACAUAGUUGCCUUAGAAAAUAAUCUAUACCAAAUUUCGUGAAAAUAGCACGUCAAACGCGAAAGUUUUCCAUACAAGCCCUUGACCCCGAUCGCUCAGUUUGUAUGGUAGCUAUAUGUUAUAGUUAACCGAUCUGAACAAUUUCUUCGGAGAUUACAUUGUUGCUCUAGAAAAUAAUCUAUAUCAAAUUUGGUGAAGACACAUUGUCAAAUGUCAAAGUUUUCCAUACAAGAACUUGAUUCGGAUCGCUCAGUUUGUAUGGUAGCUAUAUGCUAUAGUUAACCGAUCUGAACAAUUUCUUCGGAGAUUACAUUGUUGCUCUAGAAAAUAGUCUAUACCAAAUUUGGUGAAGAUACAUUGUCAAAUGUCAAAGUUUUCCAUACAAGAACUUGAUUCCGAUCGUUCAGUUUAUAUGGCAGCUAUAUGUUAUAGUGGUCCGAUAUCGGCCGUUCCGACAAAUGAGCAGCUUCUUGAAGAGAAAAUAACGUUUGCAAAAUUUCAAAAAUAUAUCUUAAAAACUGAGGGACUAGUUCGUAUAUAGUAUACAGACAGACGGACGGACGGACAGACAGACGGACAUGGCUAAAUCGACUCAGCUCAACAUACUGAUCAUUUAUAUAUAUACUUUAUAGGGUCUCCGACGCUUUUUUCUGGGUGUUACAAACAUCGUGACAAACUUAAUAUACCCUGUUCAGGGUAUAAAAAAAUAGGGGUAGGUUACAUAUUUUUUAUAUUUUUUUUUGUCGUAUCCAAAUGUAUCCAAACUGUUUUAUAUAAAGAGAUAAUAUUUUUUUUUGCUAACUUGGACAUGGGAAUUGAAGAGUUAAACACUAAUUUGAA